GUGAUGACGGUAAUUUCAUUGGAGGAACAGCUGUACCAUAUUGUCGUGCUUGAUUUGUGAAAAAUUUCGUAAAGUACGAUGAGUAUUUUAUAUCACACGAUUGCGUGGCUGUUCGUCUGUAACAUUGUAAUCGGUAAACCUCAAGAUAAUUUACAAUGUAAAGACGAAAAUAAUGUACCGGUUGAUUGGUAUGUACUUUAUAAGUUACCGAAAACCCGAACAAGUAGUAAUCCCUUGAUCAGAGAAGGUCUUGCUUAUCUGUAUAUAACAAACGCUACUAUCAAAACCGGUUGGGGCUUGUCUACAAGGCCCAUCGGUUCAAAUAAUUCUAUCCCUGGAUUGACAUUAGCGCCUUUGUAUAACCAAAAGCGUGAAAAUGAAACGAUGUGGACGUUAUACAACGAUAGCCCUCCGGACGCACCGACUGUCUUUAAAUAUGGCCACACGAAGGGUGUAGUGAUGGUUAACAGCGGUCAGGGUUUUUGGUUAAUUCAUAGCGUUCCGAAUUAUCCCCCUGUUCCCAAUGGUGGCGAAUUAACUCGUCACUCGAAAAAUGGAAAUACAAGUAUCGAGGGCAGGUAUAGUUAUCCAGAAAGUGGAACAAUUUUCGGGCAGAGUUUUCUCUGCGUUUCACUUGGCGGCGACCAAUUCGAUACUGUCGGUGAACAGUUAAUGUACAAUGAGAUAUCGGUGUAUGCGAAAAAUAUCCCCGAACUACUUGAUAAACGGUAUCCAAUGUUGAGGAACGCGACUAAUCAAAAACGCAUUAAAUCGCCUCCGUAUAAUCAUAAAGCUGCCAUAAGAUCAUUGGGAUCCGUCUAUUUCACUUCGUUUGCGAAGGGAAGCAAAUGGCAGAAAGAUUUAUAUGCUGAUUUCGUGGCGCCACAAUUGCAGACGAAUCUCUACGUACAAUCGUGGCUGAAUGGCCGCGGAAAGCUUCCUUCUACUUGCAGUCGUAUAAAAAUUUACAACGUAAGAUCUCUGAAAUUCGAUUCAGCUAACGUCGAUUUUUCGAGUAGUCGUGAUCACUCCAAGUGGGCUAUAACCGUGACCAACAAAACGAAUACUCAUUGGGUUUGCAUCGGUGAUAUUAACAGAGCUGAUACGCAAUAUUACCGAGGCGGUGGAGCUCUAUGCUUCAAACAAGCGCAGUUGUGGAAAGAUUAUCGGAAUGCUGUAAACGACGUAGAGCCUUGUCCUCGUACGUGAAUCCUUUGUGAAGGAUGCAUUUUCUUAAAAUAAAUACCGA